CGCUGCGGUUGCCAUCUUCCUUUCCAAAGAUUCGCGUUCGCAGUGAGACGUGUUUAAAACCUUUUCAAGCGUUUUAAAAGCUCCGUCAAGAUGUCCGGUACAACUGCCACCAUCCGCACCCGCAAGUUUAUGACCAACCGCCUGCUUGCCAGGAAACAAAUGGUCUGCGAUGUCCUCCACCCUGGACUUUCAUCGGUCAACAAGACCGAAAUCCGCGAGAAACUCGCUGCCAUGUACAAGGUGACACCCGAUGUUGUCUUCGUUUUCGGUUUCCGUACAAAUUUCGGUGGCGGCCGCUCCACUGGCUUUGGCCUGAUCUACGAUACUUUGGAUUUCGCCAAGAAAUUCGAACCCAAAUACCGUCUAGCCCGUCACGGUCUCUUCGAACAGAAGAAGCAGACCCGCAAGCAGCGUAAGGAACGUCGCAACAGAAUGAAGAAGGUCCGUGGUACUGCCAAGGCCAAGAUUGGUACAGGCAAGAAAUAGAGAUCUUAACAAUUCUGCCUGAAGCUGCUGUUUAUGCAUUAGUUACACUUUUUUACGUGCGGAACAAGAACGACAACUGAAAAUGGAUGUUUACUUUUGGAGCGGCUUUUGUCUUUCUUUAUAACUAAGUUAAAUAAAACUCUAAAAGUAAAAGGAAAAAAAAACUAAA